AUGAAGACUAUAGUUGUCCCAAUUGCUAAGAACAAGACUGGAGAUCUAGGCUCAGCAGAUAACUACCGUCCAAUCUCGUUGGGAACUAUUACAGGUAAAAUUCUAGAACGUUUGAUACAACCCGAACUGCUGAAGAAUGUAGUCAUUGAAGAUGCACAGUUUGGUUUUCGUCCUGGUCUUUCAACGGACUCGGCUAUUGUUGCUUUAAAGCACGCUGUAAGCUAUUACACGAGUCGUGAAACAUCGGUAUACGCGUGUUUUCUGGAUUUAAGCAAGGCAUUCGAUCUAGUGAAUUAUGAAAUUCUCUGGGCGAAGAUGUACGAAUCCCGUGUACCCAAUGAAUUAGUGGGUCUGUUGAGAUUCUGGUAUGGAAAUCAAAUUAAUAGCGUAAAAUGGGGCGACGCGACGUCUAAUAAUUAUAAAUUAGAAUGCGGUGUUCGCCAGGGUGGUAUUACCUCUCCGGAUCUUUUUAAUAUUUACAUCAACUGUUUGAUACAGGAGCUGAGGGCUGCCAAAGUCGGAUGUCACGUUGGAGAAUACAUUACAACACAUAGAUUAUUUUAUAAUUAUAUAGUAGGUGCAACGCGCUGCGUCAACGUUUGGGACGAGGGCUGCGUCAACGGCCAGCUGCAGGGCGCGGGGCGCGAUGACGACUUCGUCAACGGCAACUUCAACCCCGGCAAGCGCUGCGUCAACGUGUGGGACGAGGGCUGCGUCAACGGCCAGCUGCAGGGCGCGGGGCGCGAUGACGACUUCGUCAACGGCAACUUCAACCCCGGCAAGCGCUGCGUCAACGAGUGGGACGAGGGCUGCGUCAACGGCCAGCUGCAGGGCGCGGGGCGCGAUGACGACUUCGUCAACGGCAACUUCAACCCCGGCAAGCGCUGCGUCAACGUGUGGGACGAGGGCUGCGUCAACGGCCAGCUGCAGGGCGCGGGGCGCGAUGACGACUUCGUCAACGGCAACUUCAACCCCGGCAAGCGCUGCGUCAACGUGUGGGACGAGGGCUGCGUCAACGGCCAGCUGCAGGGCGCGGGGCGCGACGACGACUUCGUCAACGGCAACUUCAACCCCGGCAAGCGCUGCGUCAACGUGUGGGACGAGGGCUGCGUCAACGGCCAGCUGCAGGGCGCGGGGCGCGACGACGACUUCGUCAACGGCAACUUCAACCCCGGCAAGCGCUGCGUCAACGUGUGGGACGAGGGCUGCGUCAACGGCCAGCUGCAGGGCGCGGGGCGCGACGACGACUUCGUCAACGGCAACUUUAACCCCGGCAAGCGCUGCGUUAACGUGUGGGACGAGGGCUGCGUCAACGGCCAGCUGCAGGGCGCGGGGCGCGACGACGACUUCGUCAACGGCAACUUCAACCCCGGCAAGCGCUGCGUCAACGUGUGGGACGAGGGCUGCGUCAACGGCCAGCUGCAGGGCGCGGGGCGCGACGACGACUUCGUCAACGGCAACUUCAACCCCGGCAAGCGCUGCGUCAACGUGUGGGACGAGGGCUGCGUCAACGGCCAGCUGCAGGGAGCAGGUACAGAGUGGAGCGGCGCCCGGCGAGAGAGCCGCCGCCAGCCGACGAGCGCGACCGCGGGACGCACCCACUGAGCGAACUCAAUGUACCUACAUAAUGUAUUCUGUGCCAAUAGACCUGUUAUUAAUAACAAUGUACUACACAUAUAGUUUGAAAAACUAAGUUUAAGUAUGUAAACACCUCUCAUAAGCUUGUCCGGAGAAAUACUAACGUAGGGCUCGUAUCUGCCGCCGCCAAGCACUGGUGUAGUGUCCCGAUCUCCACAAUGUACAGUCGCCCGUGAGUCCCGACACCACACGUACACAACACUUGGCAGCUAUCUACACUACAGCUCAGGCUGACCUGGCUGGUCACAAGUCACGGCAGCGCUUUGGGCGGUUCUUUGUAGUAGCGUUGUCUAGGCGGUGGUUUUAUCUACUUUAUACUAUAAGAUUAUACUUAAAUUUAUUUCUCUUAUAAAUGUUUAAUGUUUUUCUGAGGACAUUAUAGGCAUUUCUAAUAAAUAAAUGACUUUAAAG